ACACCGUCGUGAGUGGCCGAACGCUGCGUCCUGAAGUUUGUUUCUUGGCAAUUAAGUCGAGAAAACUGUAUAAAACACUUGCCGAUUGGCGUCCAAUUAGCCAUGUCCACUGAUCCCCAGCCAGUGGCCAGCGAGUGCUCGAAGUGCGGCAAGCCCAGCGUCCAGGAGAGGCCCAAUCCCGAUACGGAAUCGGCUGGCCAAGCUGCGGCGUCUUCUACACCUCCGCUGCCAUCGUGCCGCUGCGGCUGCUCCCAGGAGGACAGUAUAGGUAUAGCAACGGCAUUAGAGCGCGACUCCACGGACGAGGUGCCCAUGGACAUAGACAACGAUCUGACCACCAAUGAGCGGAUGCCAACUGUGGACGAGCUAGAGCAACCGAAACCCAAGCCCAAGUUGAAGCCCCUGGAGGUUGUGAAAAAGGAAAAGGAGGAGAAGCUGCUGGUGGAGCCAGCAGAACAGAAGCCUCUACCCGAGGUGGAGGAGGAGGAGAAGCACUCAACGAAGGCUCCGCGCAGUCCGACGCCCAUCAAAAUCGAAGAGGAGGAAGAGGAUAAGCCCAAGGAAAAGCAACAACAGGAACAGCAAUUGCAGUCCCAGGAGGAUAUGCCGCCCAGCUCACCGGAGGCGCAGCCUCCAAAUCCCAGCCAUCGGGUUGGCAAAAUCACGCGCAGCAGCCUAAAUGGCAACCAGGCUUCUUCGUCUUCCACCCGAACUCCGGCCAUAAUGAAGCGCCUGCGAAAAAGCACACGCUUCAAGGCCAAGCCAACGGGCGGGCGUGGUAAUUCCGCCGCCGCCGGCAACAGCAGCAGCCAGUCGAAUGGCCACAACAAUGGUGCCAAUAAUGGUGCCUCCGGCAGCUCUAUACAUCUCGCUGGCGCCGGUGCCCAUCCGAGUAAUACCAACAAGCAUGGAAAGUCGGGAACAGGUGGAUCUGGCGGCGGCGGUGGUGGCUCUCCGGCUGCCCGCAGUCGACGUACACUGUUCAAAAGACCAUCAACACAGAAGACGCCCAAGGUGCAGGCCUCCACAAGGUUCGUGAAAAGCGUCUUCUACAAGGGCAGCUACAUGCAGAUCGGUGACAUUGUGAGCAUCGUGGAUGGGGAGCAGAAUCUGUACUAUGCCCAGAUCCGGGGUCUGCUGGUGGAUGCCUACUGCGAGAAAUCGGCCUUCCUUACCUGGCUCAUACCCACCCAGGACAGUCCGGAUCCCCAAGAGGGCUUCGAUCCGGCCACCUACCUAAUAGGGCCCGAUGAGGAGCUCUCGCGCAAAUUGUGUUACCUGGAGUUCGUGAUGCAUGCCCCGAGCAACUACUAUUUCGAUCGGAGCACACCCUUCCCCCUGCCAGAUGUGGACGAGUAUACAGCCCAGAGAUCGGGUGGAUUUAUUUGGACCCGGCUGCCGGUGGUGAAGCGGGAGAAGGGAGAGCGGGAGCGAGAGCGAGAGAUGCGGGGUCGGGACUCGGCGCACAAGGCGAGUGGAGGUGCCUCCUAGCAGGAAGGGGAAGUGGGAAUGGGUCCCAAUGGGAAGAAGAAGAAAAAGUCCAGAGCCAGAGUGCUGAAUUUGAAUAAUUUAAUUUAUUGAGUAGAGCAAAAAGUAAAAAACAAGAAAAUAUAAAAAAAAAAUAUAUAUAUAGUGUGAAGAGAAAAUAAAUGUUUUAUUUUAAAAUUUAUAUUGUAAACCUGAUCUUUGAAGAUCCUCUCCAAAUUGGUUAAGGAAACAAUGAUUUCCAGAAGGAAAAAGCAAUAGUAUUUUAUAUGGUAUCAAAAUAAAAAAAAACACACUUUUUAGGGGCAAUAAAUUAAGUUUUAUUAGAAUAUACAUAAGUGUAGUGUAAACAUAUCAAUAAAAAAUUAUUUUCAAAUUUAUUUAAUUAUAAAAAAAAAAUUUUAAUAAACAUAAA